GUCGCCGUUGCUCAAGAAAACCAUAGCUACACAGCCCGAAUUCCGGGCAAAUCUCCCGCAAGUUCCAUGGCAGAGUCGUCUAAAGCCAGGUUUCCGCCGUUGACCAAGCUCCGCCUCAUUGUCCUCAUUUCCCUGCUCACGUGUGGGCGUGCCAUUCGUGAGGGGCGACAGAGGCUGACUGGGAAUGAUGGUGAUGAGCCAGCAGCCAAUACAUCCAGCGAUGCUGAACCAGCAAGCGAAGUUAUAGAUGAGGCGAAGAAAGAGAUAGAGAAAGAGCUGGAGGGCCCGCAGAGGGACGAGACGAAGUGUAAGCCUGUACAUCUGACGCUCCAAGGUGGCCACCGGCCAGGGGUGUUCUUUUACAGCGGAAGUUCUGGUGGAGUCGUCGUUUGGCCGGCAUCCAAGUACGGUCAAUUUGGUCUUGCGCUCGGCUCGAACAGGGACAUGCAGCUUCACACGCUCGGCGACAAGGAUGUCAGCAAAGAUUCAGAAACUUCAAUCGUGCUCCACUGGGCAUCACUUGUACGCGGAGACAAAGAUUACCCGGUCGAGUUGGAUUGUGAUGAUUCCUUUCCGGGAAGGAUUCUAACAACAGCAACGACAAGAAUGAGUGUUGGUGUCGCCCUGAUGUUCGUUCCAGUCUUACUUCUGUUUGUCUCCUGGUGCAGCAGUAGUAUGAUUGUGUUUGCCUUUGAUGCCCUGUCAUGUGGUCCCCUAGGCAGGUGUGAGACCAAGGUGGGCUUGGCGGUGUUCAUCAUGCCAUGCUUCUUUUGUCGCUUGUGUGGGGUCUGCAGUUGGAGCGUAUUGGCCGCGGUUCCUCCGGGUCCUGAGCCUCGUGAUGAAAACGCACCACAAGCCUAUGCAGUACCCCGUCUUGAUCAAGGCUGGCUCAUCCGUGCCACAGAUCGAAGAUGCAUUCGGACCGGCGUUGUGGUUGCCUUCGCUGCCGCACUGACAUGCACCCUGUACUUCCAAGCGUAUGCCAGCCAGGUCCGGAGGGUGGAGCUUGCCAUGCUGUAUUGCAUGGCAUUCUGCCAGCUGGGGCUGGGUCUUGCAGUGACAUGGGGCCUGAGGGCCUCUCGCCAUGUGUUGCUAGUCGCGGACGGCGCAACAUGUCCAGAAGAUGUCCGGAAGUCCUUACCAGCUGAGUUCCGCAUGAUAGCCUGCAUUCUUGGACCAAGAGCGCUCCUCACCAUCCUCGUGGGCAUGGGGGUGCUUUGCGCAGGCUUGGCAGUCGGCGUCCAAUUUGUGCGCGAGACAGUAGUCGACGGAAUUUACGUGGCCUUGUGGGAUAUACGCUAUGACAUGUACAAUGAUCGGUAUUCUUAUUUACUUGGAACCUGCUUCGCUUGCGAGGGAGUGCUCUUCAUCAUGACGGUGACGUUUUUGCUUGAGGCCACCAUUGCGGCCCGUGUCGUUGAAGCCCACGUUAGCAAAGUCAAGACUGGCUUGGACAUGACAGUGGCCGACCCAGGCUCGCUGAAGAACACUUGCCAUGAGUGCGGAAAGCUGGCAAACGAAGUUCUACCCGAGCUGGCGAAGAUCAGCGGACCCUUGCUGUGUGUGGCAACACUGAAGGCAGCCUUCCACUUUGCUUGUGUGGUCUUAGCUCUCUCCAGAGCUGCCAAGGCUCCGGCAAACCCGUCAUUCCUCUUAGUGCUGGGUCUCAAGUUGGCAUGCUCGUUGCUGGACCUGCUAGUGGGGCCCCUCUGCCUCUUUCUGCCUGCCCGUGUGUCGGACGCGUUCGCGGACCUCUUGGACACCUUGAACAAGCUGCGGGUGAAGCCAGUUAAGGAGGGUUGCGAUGCAGAGGUAGACAGAGAGAUCCGACUCAUUCGCAGUUUCGUCCAAGAUGCAAACCGCGGCAACGGUCUGGGCUUCGUCCUGUUCGGGACAGUAGUGGACAAGAGGAUGAUCAUCUCCGUUGCUGCAAAGAUCCUGGCAGUGUCCUCUGUCAUCGUGACAUUGCUACGUGAGGUAUACAAAGCGGGCAAAGAGGAGACAGAAGCGGAGGAGCUCCUUAUGGGAGAUGGACAAGUCUUUUAG